AUGUUUGCGACGGCGGCGCGGUGGGCGGCGAAGAAGGGGAAGCCCAAGAUGGCGCCGAUCGAGUUGACGACGGCGCCGGAGCAGGCGCAGUCCAUCACCCGCACCAUCUUCGAUGUCGUCAAGGAGCAUGGCCCCCUCACCAUCUCCGACGUUUGGGAGCACGUCAAGGACGUAGGGCUGAGGGGUUUGACAGGCAAGAGGCAGAUGAAGAUCAUGCUGCGGUGGAUGAGGGAGAAGCAGAAGCUCAGGCUCAUCUGCGACCACGACGGACCUCACAAACAGUUCCUCUACACGACAUGGUUCACCAACCCCAAGAAUGCGCCGCAGAGGCCCAAGAGGGAGCUCAACAAGGAGAAUCCCAAGCCAUGACCGCACUCAUGUUGACCAAUGUAGGGCAUAUUUGGUUUACACCUUUCUCCUGACUUUUUCCUUGAUCUGUAGACAAAAUUGUUAAUCAUAUUAUGGUGCUUAUAGCUGAAAUACUGUGAACGAUGCCACAUUGUGAAUUAUGCAUAAAUAAAUAACCCC